CACUAAUACAACGGUUAUUUGAUAAUAAUAAUUUGUCCUUAUGACUUAAAAUAAAAAAUAAUUCAACCCUCGCAAUCACUUGUUUAAAUUACAGCAUCCUGGAGGUAGAGAUAUAAUAGAAGAACAUGCAGGAAAAGAUGCUACCAAAUAUUUUCUUAACAUUGGGCAUUCUAGCGAAGCCAAGAAUAAUUUGAAGGCUUUGAAAAUAGGUGAAGUCGCGGAGGAGAAACUGGACAGCAAACAAUACCAUAAUGUGAAGAAUGAUAAGAAGCCCAACCAGAGUUUCCUGUCCCUAGUAACCUGUGGGCUUAUGAGCUGAGGAAGUCACAUAUUUACACAACAGUGAAGUUCUAGAGACACGAAAAAAAGUGCGUGGUUAUACAUAAAACACAGACUCAUUUUAUCAAGCCCUCUGUUAGUACAUAUAGCAAUAAGUUCAGAGAUAUAAUGCACUACAGAUAGAGUCGUUAGAUAUAAUACCCGUAGGUAGGUUAAGUGCUUUUGUAAAACUUGUUUUAUGAUACAUGAAUUGUAACUGUAGUUUAUCGAAUGCAAAAUGUAAAUAAAGUAUCUGUUGCGAGGAA